GUUAUAGUCAUGAGUAGAAUUGUUAAACAUCCAGCUAUCUCUCUUUUGGAUUCCGGCACUACAUUUAAGGAAAUUCGGCAAAUCCAUGCCAAGCUCUACGUCGACGGGACACUCAAGGAUGACCAUCUCGUGGGUCAGUUUGUAAAGGCAGUGGCUUUGAGUGAUCACACAUACUUAGAUUAUGCGAAUCAGAUUCUUGAUAGGUCUGAUAAGCCUACAUUGUUUGCUCUCAAUUCUAUGAUCAGAGCACAUUGCAAGAGCCCUGUUCCAGAAAAAAGCUUUGAUUUUUAUAGUAGGAUACUCUCUUCGGGAAAUGGUCUUAAACCGGAUAAUUACACUGUCAACUUCUUGGUUCAGGCGUGUACGGGGUUAGGAAUGCGUGAGACGGGGCUUCAAGUUCAUGGUAUGACUAUCAGACGUGGUUUUGACAACGACCCGCAUGUCCAGACUGGGUUAAUUUCUUUGUAUGCGGAGCUUGGCUGUCUGGAUUCUUGUCAUAAGGUUUUUAAUUCGGUUUCGUACCCGGAUUUUGUGUGUCGGACAGCGAUGGUUACAGCCUGUGCAAGAUGCGGGGAUGUCGCUUUUGCGCGGAAGUUGUUUGAGGGAAUGCCGGAAAAGGACCCGAUUGCCUGGAACGCAAUGAUCUCUGGCUAUGCUCAGGUUGGUGAGUCAAGGGAAGCUCUAAACCUGUUUCAUUUGAUGCAGUUGGAAGGUGUGAAAGUCAAUGGGGUUUCUAUGAUUUCGGUUUUAUCUGCUUGCACUCAAUUGGGUGCUUUAGACCAAGGGAGAUGGGCUCAUUCUUACAUUGAGAGAAACAAAAUUAAAAUCACUGUGAGGCUUGGUACUACGUUGGUCGACUUGUAUGCAAAAUGCGGUGACAUGGACAAGGCUAUGGAAGUUUUCUGGGGUAUGGAAGAGAAGAAUGUGUACACAUGGAGUAGCGCCCUGAAUGGGUUAGCCAUGAAUGGGUUCGGGGAGAAAUGUCUCAAGCUUUUCUCUCUUAUGAAACAAGAUGGUGUUACUCCAAACGCUGUCACAUUCGUCUCUGUUCUCAGAGGUUGCAGUGUGGUCGGUUUUGUAGAUGAAGGGCAAAAACAUUUUGAUUCGAUGAGAAAUGAGUUCGGAAUAGAGCCUCAGCUCGAUCACUAUGGCUGCUUAGUUGAUUUGUAUGCUCGUGCAGGCCGCUUAGAAGACGCAGUAAGUAUCAUCCAGCAAAUGCCCAUGAAGGCUCAUGCUGCUGUUUGGAGUUCUUUGCUCCACGCAUCUAGAAUGUACAAGAACCUUGAACUUGGCGUUCUUGCAUCUAAAAAAAUGCUCGAGUUAGAGACCUCAAAUCACGGAGCUUAUGUCCUCUUAUCAAACAUAUAUGCAGAUUCAGACGAUUGGGACAAUGUUAGUCACGUUAGACAGUCAAUGAAAUCUAAAGGAGUCAGAAAGCAACCAGGGUGCAGUGUAAUGGAGGUAAAUGGAGAAGUCCACGAAUUCUUUGUUGGAGACAAAUCUCACCCAAAAUAUAACGAAAUCGACGCGGUUUGGAAGGAUAUCUCGAGAAGGCUGAGACUCGCUGGAUAUAAGGCAGACACAACCCCGGUUAUGUUCGACAUAGAUGAAGAAGAGAAAGAGGAUGCAUUGUGUCUACAUAGCGAAAAGGCCGCCAUUGCAUUUGGUAUAAUGAGUUUGAAAGCAGAUGUCCCGAUUCGGAUCGUGAAGAACCUUCGGGUUUGUGGAGAUUGUCAUCAGGUUUCCAUGAUGAUCUCCAAGAUUUUUAACAGAGAGAUCAUUGUGAGAGACAGAAACAGGUUCCACCAUUUCAAAGAUGGUCAUUGUUCUUGUAAUGGCUUUUGGUGAGAAUAUGAGAAAUGUAACAUACUUUUACCUAGUUAGCAAUUUUUUUUUCUUUUCUACAUAUAGAAACUCCGGUGAAUUUAGAUUUUAGAGGUUAAACAUUUUUACUAAAAGAAAUUUGAAAUGGUAAAAAUAUUAUAGUUUU